CCCAUUACAUUUUGCUUCAAAAAUAUAUGACAUUCAACAUGGAUCACGGUGUAGCAUGGAUCAACCUUAAACAGCUGUUUCAAAUACACAAUUGUCAACAUCGCCAGCUGCUUUGAAGGAUAGCUACAUUUAAAUUCGAAUAUUCACAAUAUUGCAAUGACAACGACAACGUGUAGAUAUUUUCUGCAAGGCAAUUGUCGUUCCGGAAGAUAUUGUCGUUUUGCACAUAUCUACAACGUGAAUUACGGCGAAAACUCGAGUUUAGGCAACAAACCCUCUUACACAGGAAUCAAGACAGCAGCACUUACAGUUGCUGAAGAGGUCUUGGCAAUAGAACGGGGUGGGCAAUGGUUACUCUCUUGUUUCGGACCAUUCAAAGAACGACCAUGUAUACCGGGCAUGGAAGAUUUGUCACCAGAUGAAUUUCACUGGGAACUGUAUCAGGCGCAGAAAUCUGGUAGAGUUGAGCAAACGAAACAACAAUUUCAACAGUUGUGUGAAGAAAUGAAAGCUAAACUUGCUUUGUUGAAGAAUCCUACAUCAGAAAUUGUGGCAAUGCUGGAAUCACUUCAAAAAGGGACACAGGAGAAUGCUUUCGGUGGAAGUAAUUCUGGGACAAAACCAUCCAGUUUUUCAUUUGCAACACCACAACUGGCAAUACCUAGUACCAGCGCACCUGGAUCAAAUUUAUUUACUUCCAAACCAUUUAAUUCUGCUAAUCCGUUUGGUGGAAGCACCUCAACUUUUGGCUCGGCCGCUUCCACGCCUUUCGCAUUUAGUAAUCCUCCAAACAGCGGCAUAAGCUCCCCUUUUGGUGCCAAGCCAAGUUUUGGAAGCAAUCCUGUAUUUGGAGGUACCACAAUUACACCUGUAUUUGGUCAAGCUCCUGGAUUUAAUACUUCGCAAGGUAGCAGUUCUUUUGGAUCGCCACAAUCGACUCAAUCAAACGCAAUUUUCGGUGCUACGACUACGCCGACCAAUUCAGUUUUUGGUGGAACGGCAUCUGCUCCAGCGACUUCUUCCAUAUUUGGCGGUUCACAAGCUAUUUCAACACCAUUAUUCGGAGGUGCAACGCAACAGCCAACUAGUUCUAUAUUUGGAGGAUCGUCAACCACUGGAAGUACACCAGUGGCAUCAGCUUCUCCAUUUGCUCAGCAAAAAUCUAAUACAACUUUCGGAGGUGGCCCGGUAUUUGGUGGAGCCCCGACUUUUGGUUCUCAAGCAAACGCAGGAAUAUUUGGCGCGCAAUCAACAUUGGGGAGCGUCCCUACAUCCUCAAGUAGCGUAUUUGGUGGCGUCGGUUCUGUUACACCGACAUUCGGAUCAAUCGGACAAUCAGCACCUGGGACAUUUGGUUCUGUUGUCAAAUCUCCAACUAGUACUUUUGGGGGUCCACAGAAUCCACCUCCAUUUGGGUCAGCAGUAUCUACCUCUAAUGCAGGCCCAUUUGCUUCAGCCGUGUCUACAGCUAGUUCAGCUUUUCUAACGUCAACUGGACCCUUUAGUACUGCGACAAUACCAUCGACUCCAUUUUCCGGAUCGAAAAUCUUUGGAUCGAUGGGCCAGAGCACAGACACGACCACAGCAUUUGCUAAAAAUCUAACACAGACGAGUACACCAUUUGGAGCAACUAAUGUCUCUGCUACCUCGCCAUUUAGUCAAGCAUCUCCAUUUGCAGGUGUUUCUCCAUUUUCUAGCACCAGUACAACUGUUACAACUACUACUGCCAAUCCAUUUGCAACUCAGUCGCAAGUAGCGAGUAGCUCAAUUUUUGGAGGAUCUAGUUCCACUAAUCAGGGGUCGAUAUUCGCUACCUUGCAAUCCCCAACAGCUGCAACCUCACCAUUUUUAUCUGUACACAAAGAAAUUGACGUCAUAGACGAAAGUUCAUAUACAGUUGAAGGGCUGCUGACCGAUGAUGAGAAAUCUAUGUACUUAGAGAAACAAUUCUCGUUAGGCAAAAUUCCUUUAAAAGCUCCUACGAAAGAAUUACGUUAAUCCACACUAACAAAUAAGUUGAUGCAUCUGAAGUACAACAAAAGUUGCAUAUGUGCUUACAUUUUGAGAUCUGUGAAUCAAGUAAUCAUUCUACAUGUUUAUAGGCUGGGCAAGUUUACAAUGUUCACCCAAAAGUUAUCGUCAUCUAUGUAUCAUACGUUGCUCUUUUAUUCAUUUGAUAACAAUAAAUGACCAAUAUAUUUUUUUGAUACCAA